CAUUUCACCAUUGCUUCUCUCACUCCUGGAAAUCAUACAAUUCUACGAAAGACAAAGGUCUGAUUUUGGGAAAGAAACGCGCAAAAUGGCUCCUCCAACUAAAAGUUUAAUUUUUCGCAUAACAUUGACAAUUUGUUUCUUGACGAUCGGCUUGCCUGGGUAUAAUUCCCAGAUGGACGAACGGAUACUUUUUUCAAAGCCUGUUACCAAGGUCAAGGUCGAGAAUUUUACAUUCCGGCCAUCGGUCAAGCUGCCGGGAUCAAACGAAACUCUUUUCCUUGGUGGCGCAGGGAUCAGAGGUUUGGAGCUCCAAGGCAAGUUCGUGAAGUUCACGGCCAUCGGAGUGUACCUUGAAGAGAAAGCAGUCCCGUGGCUCGCCGAUAAGUGGCGGUGCAGUACCGUAGCGAGGUUGGAAAAAUCCAUUGAAUUCUUUAAAGAUAUAGUUACAGGUCCCUUUGAGAAGUUCAUCCGGGUGUCAUUCGUCAGACAUUUAACGGGUCAGCAAUACUCAGAGAAAGUCGCACAUAAUUGUGUGAAAAUUUGGAAAUCUGCUGGAGUUUACGCCCCUGCACAAACCAAAGCCCUUGAGACUUUCCUUAAUGUCUUCAAGACUCAGGACUUCCUACCAGGCUCCUCCAUUUACUGGUCAUUAUCUACCAGUGGAUCCUUAAUAUUUCGCUUUUCCAAAGAUGUGUCGAUACCGAAGGUCGAGAGUGCAGUGAUAAAGAACAGACUAUUAGGAGAGGCUUUUCUGGAGUCGAUUAUCGGUCAAAAUGGUGUUUCCCCUGCAACAAAGAAAAGCUUGGCAACAAGACUGCCAGAAAUAAUGAAGAAAUAUGGGCGUGGAAACUAAGGCUAUCAGAAACAGGAAUUGGCUAACUAUACUACUUUUUUUUUCAUUUCUAGGAGUGAAAAGAAAAGUUACAAAAAUUCAAUGAAUAAUAAUAAUAGUU